AUGGAAUGUGAAAAAAUUUCGGAAUUCAGAGAUGAGACCCUCAAUGGAGUCCAAGAAAUAGAACGUUCACAUGAUAAUUUAGAUAUUAGAGAACGUUCACGUGAUAAUUUAGAUAUUAGAGAACGUUCACGUGAUAAUUUAGAUAUUAGAGAACGUUCACGUGAUAAUUUAGAUAUUAGAGAACGUUCACGUGAUAAUUUAGAUAUUAGAGAACGUUCACGUGAUAAUUUAGAUAUUAGAGAACGUUCACGUGAUAAUUUAGAUAUUAGAGAACGUUCACGUGAUAAUUUAGAUAUUAGAGAACGUUCAUGUGAUAAUUUAGAUAUUAGAGAACGUUCACGUGAUAAUUUAGAUAUUAGAGAACGUUCAUGUGAUAAUUUAGAUAUUAGAGAACGUUCAUGUGAUAAUUUAGAUAUUAGAGAACGUUCACGUGAUAAUUUAGAUAUUAGAGAACGUUCACGUGAUAAUUUAGAUAUUAGAGAACGUUCACGUGAUAAUUUAGAUAUUAGAGAACGUUCACGUGAUAAUUUAGAUAUUAGAGAACGUUCACGUGAUAAUUUAGAUAUUAGAGAACGUUCACGUGAUAAUUUUCGACCAAAGGAGUGUGUUGUGUAA